AUGCUUAUCAGUUAUUUAGACACCAAGUUCAAUAUGGCACCAGGUCCCACCAAGGUGGUCAAGUAUGUCAAGGCCCGUCGCCCGUAUGUAUUCAGAUUCCCACCAUAUCUUCAGAAUAUGCUGCUAACGUUCCACAGGAGGACCAUCGAGUAAGAAGAUUAGCGUUCCAUUAGCAGAUUGCCAGCUAACAAGCAAUUGCUUAGGGAGAUAUGUUUUUUUUACCCGAGACGAUAUGUCCGGGCCCUGCCUCCUCCCCAAUCCCAAGCACUGGCACCACCACCACCACCUCCUCCUCCUCCUCCUCCACCCCCAGUGCAACUAUCUCAAGUGUAAGUGUCGUCUUUUUCCUACAAUUACUGGCUCAAGCUAUUGGUGUCGUUGAAUAUCAAACUGUGGUGCCGCAGUCCUGUCUCUAUCGGUUGAUUACCAAUCAAUUGUUUGUUUGAUUAUAUCAGAGCUAACUGUUACCAGCGUUCAAGCGCAGGAAGGCGAGGUGAGGGGAGACGGGGAGGGAGAAAGGGAGGGAGAAGGAGAGAGAGGAGAGUGA